GCUCGGAUUUCGGAAUGUCAGUGUCAAAUCGAUCAACUCUGGCCGAGAAAAUGCAAAGUUUGUGCAUUAAUGCCGGAAGGAAAUAAAAGUGUAGAAAUUUGGGUGGAAAAAUGAGUGGAAAGCCGGUGAUAUCGAUGCUGGAGUCAUGUCGGGUGUGUGGAGAGGGCAAUGUGGAGGGGAAAGGACGGCAUUUUCUCUAUGGAAUCGAUCAGAAUGACGAAUUGCUGACCAUUCUUCGGACAGUUCUUCCAAUAGUGAUAUACCCUGAAGAUCCACUGUCAAAGUGGAUCUGUACCCGAUGCCGGGACAAAGUGAUGGCUUUUUGCGGAAUCUCACAGCAGUACAGGAAGUAUUUGGGCAAGUGCCUUGGUGCACUGAGAAAGGUUGACCCUGAGGAGACAUACCUUCAGAUUUGCAGUGAUGUUGAAACAUUUGCUGCCACUUUGGAGGAUAGUUUGAAGGAAAAAGUUCCAUCGGCGGCAUUCGAUCGGAAGCGAUUGAUACUGCCGGGUAGGCGGGGUAGUAGGGUGCCAGAGAAGAAGGCUGAAAGGGCUGAUAGGGCACCUGGGGUGGUUCCGUCACUCUUUGAAGUCUGCAUUGACUAUAUCAAUCGCGAGGGACGGAAUCUCCUGAACACAUUCUUGCACGUUGACUCUGCAAGGGCAUGGAGUGAAUCUGAAGUUGAGGAAUCAGAGAGUAGUAUGAGUUUCGAUGAUCAUACAGAAGGGGAAACAUUCUAUGAUACAUCCAAUGUGGAAUGUACAGUAAACAUUACCGAAGGAUACUCAAUGAGGCAGGAAGCGGCCUUUCCGCAAAUACCGCCGACUGUGACGGAAAAUGGGGUUGGGAAGAAGCGUAAGCUGUCCGGAAGGUCUGUGGAAGUGGAACCGACAGAGAAACCCCAUACGCGUCCGAAAUCACGCGUCAAUUAUUCCGAGGAUAUGCUCGAUGAAGCUUUCUUCUACGAGCAAAUGAUGCUGGAGCAGUACAAGAGGAGGGCUAAGACGGUGGUGAAGGAGGAACCGGCCCCAGUGUACAAACAGCCCCAAGUGGCGGCCAAACGAACACAUGCCAAGAGCAGUAUUGGAGCAUUCCCCCUGAUGGACAUCAGGCAACAACUCAAGACAGAUCCCACGCAGGUCAUUCAGUUCAAUUCCGAACUGAGUAUUCAUCUCAAGGCCAGGGACACCCCAAGAUCACCCCCAGAGAUCCAAUGGGAGCCCCCAAACGAAGAUGUCGAUCCCGUGGACUGCAAAUUUUGCCGGAGGAGAUUCCAAAAUAUGGCAAUCCUGUCAAAGCAUCAACUCCGUCAUUUUGUUCUGCGCCUGAAGCGUCUGGACACUCCGGAAAUCCUUCAUCCGAAAUUCCGACGGUACAGCUAUCGUUAUCCGAAUUUUCGGUGCUGCAACUGCCUCAGCUACUACAUGUCCAAGGAAUCGCUAAAAGAGCACUGGGGCAAGGGCGAAUGUGAAUUCUUCUGUCGCAUCUGCCGGGCCUCCUUUCACCGGAGCCGGCAAGAUCUCCAUAAGCACUACUACCUGGUGCAUGGAAUUCGCUUCAAUGAUGCCAUCUUUGCCAUUUCUGGCCUGGAAAUCGACGAGAGCAAGAUCUGCAGCAUCUGCUACUGCACCUUUCCCAAUUUCCAGUCACGCAACUCCCACAUGAAGAUCCACAAGAAAAAGGGCGAAGUCAGUCAACAAAUCCUGAUCCCAUCAACCAGCAAUCCCGCCCCGAUUCCACGACCACGGCUGCAGAUCAAUCAAGCGCUCCAGAUGGAGAUCAAACGCAUGGAAUUUGCCAGCCACCAAAGAUUCAACGGUAUCCCAUCGUCAUCGAGAAUGGUGGCUCCUCCAUUCAAUCAUCGACCACCGCCCCAUCUUCUGCCAGCGCCACCUCGUUUUGUCGCUCCUGGGCCCCUCAAACGAUUCCCAGAAGUCCCCAUGCAGCAACCUCCUCCAAUGGGUGAUGAUGAACCCGUGCCCAAGAUCUACAAUUGCAUCCCAUGCGGCGGGAAGUUCCCCAAUAAAUCCGAACUGUAUCGGCAUAAGCGGACAUGCCCACAACUCCUGAGGACCUGCUGUCACAUCUGCUGGAAGCAGUUCACUACAACAUCGGAAUUCGAGAGUCACAUGAGGCAGCAUCAUGGCUAACGACUCUCCCUUCCCUUUCCCUCAUGUGGACCCAAUACUCAAUCCUCCUCAUCUCCUGUCUCUCUCAUCUUCUUCCGACGAGGCCCUACUCGCUCGUCCGGAGGCACUGUCUCGUAAUUUAGAUAUCCACUCCCAACAAUAUAAAUGUUACAAUUGCCAGAUAUAAUAAAGAGUACAUCUUGACUAAAGUGAAA